AGUUUGCCCCACAUCUUUAUCGCUAUAACUACCCUCCACGAGUGAGACAGUCAGUGAUGGAGCCUUCCGCAGGGGACAGACCGCCACGCGCUCUCAGGUGAUUCUCUGUCUCUUUCUUUUUCUGCCUUUUUGGGAAAUUUGUCAACUCUGAGGAUGAUGAUGAUGAUGAUUAUGUUCAUCCAGCCUGUGGGAAGAAAAACUACAAACGGACUCUAAAUAAAACACAUCCUCACCCGCCGCGUGGAUCCAAACUUCACCAGAAACGGUUUUACAGAUUCUCCCGGCGCAACAGUGUGCGGCUAACUGGGACCUGGUGUGUGUCAGGAGGCUAUGGUGAGGCCAUGUGCACGGGCUGGUGUGAGGCGAGAUGUAACGGCCUCAGUGGAGGAAGACGUAAAGGACUGGAUCUUCACUCAUGGCUGCGUGUGUCACUCCUGUUCUUGGCUCUGUGGGGCCAAGUGUUCCCGCAGUGCCCGGACAGCUGCCACUGUGCCUGGGACACGGCCACGGUGUUGUGCUCGGAUGCCGGGCUGCGGGAGAUCCCAGAGGGGAUCCCACCAGAAACCGUCUCCCUCCACCUGGAGCGCAAUUACAUACGGAACAUCCCGGAGAGUGCCUUCAGUAACCUGGUCCGCUUGCGGGACCUGUACCUGUCCCACAACCGCAUCGACUCGCUUGCCUCCGGGGCCCUGCAACAUCUGGGGCCCGAGCUACGCCUGCUGGACCUCUCGCAUAACCAGCUGAGGCACGUCAGCAAGGAGGAGUUUGGUUCCACUCGUGCAAAGACGCGUCUUUACCACAAUCCCUGGCACUGUGACUGCACACUCCAGGAGCUGAUGGAGACUCUGAACCUGGAGCCCGAGACGGUGAAUGGGAUAAUAUGUGAGAGCUCUGUGCGGGGGGUGGGUGAGGGCAGCAGGUGGGAGGAUCCGGGGUCACUGGGCGAGCACGCAGGCCAACCGCUGGUUAAACUGCUGGACUCUGGGGUGAAUUUCUGCAGUCUGCAGAGGAAGACCACUGACGUAGCCAUGCUGGUGACCAUGUUUGUGUGGUUCUUCAUGGUCAUUGUGUACGUAGUGUACUAUGUGAGGCAGAACCAAGCCGAGGCUCGCAGACAUUUGGAGUACCUGAAGAGUUUGCCCAGCCCACGCAAGACCCCUACUGAGACAGAUACUCUCAGUACUGGUUUCUAAACUCCUGCUCAGCUGAAAUUUAAAUGAAAAUGUUAUUUUUACCAACCUUGACUUUGAAAUUCUGUGUGGAGUUAUGGUGAAAACCAGCAGUGGAAGAUGCACACACAGAGGAAACGCAGCUCCCGAACACCUGCAAACGUCUUCAUAUUUCCUUUCCCAUCAUAUUUGUUGCGAAUUGUGGUUAAAACAAAUACUUGCUUAGUCAUCCCACCAUCUCUACUGAGAGGAAAUUUAAAAAUCCCUAAAAGUACAAAGUGAAAGUGUAACAUGUAAGACAUCUUCUUGCAGCCCCUCUUUUAUCCUCCCACCAUGCUUCAUGCUGUGUUCUUUUAUCUUAAAUUAAGCUCUAAUUAGCAGUCGUUGACCAACUGACCCUUAAUGAACUACUGAAAGGCACUAAUCAGCUGGAGUGUGUUUAUCAGGUCGAGGACAGCGUGCAAACGCUAAUGUGUGUCAUCUUAUAAUUGCUUGUCUAAUAUGUGUGCGUACGUGUGCACGUGCAUUUUUGUGCAUUGCUGUGGCCGUUUUUACUUUGAUAUUAUUGAUUUUGCACAGACAUAAUUUAAGCCUUUUUCAAUAUAUCAGCACUGAGACGGUGUUUAUGUGUCAGUGGAAAGCCUCUGAUCUAUAUUUCUUCUAAGGAAUCCAUUAGAGCUGGAGGUGAACUAUUGUGUGUCCGUUUAGUAUACAUACCCAGUAUCGCCUGGUAGACAGAGAGUCCAAAUCAAUUUAGAAAACAAUUAUUAAUACACAUAUUUAUCCAGAGAGGAGCUGGUAGAAAACCUCGAGUCCUGAUUAUUUGGGGCUGCAUUUCUUUUUCUUUUCCACAACCCUAUCCCAAUCGAUUUUCUUUUAAAAGGCAGUGUGAAAAUAAGCAAAACACUUUGAUAAUAAAUUGCUUUGAUUAGAACACGACAGAUUGUAGUGUUACAAUUAAUGCUAUUCCUGUAGGUGUACCGCAGGUGCACUGAAUCGUCAGCCUAGCUUUUUGCACGCAUGCAGAACAAACCCUGGCUGGAUAAACAUCCGCAUUUCACCCAGUAUCACACGAUUUAAUUGAAUUCAGAUUUACUGUGGUAAUAUGUUAGCAUUCUGUGAGGAGAGGGUGUGCAAUGUGAUUUAAUAAAUCUGGAUUUGUCAUCCUCCACUGUUGCAUUAGAGACUGUAAAAAGCCCUAUUUUCAGUUUUCUAGUCAACCUCUUUAAAACGUGUCUCCAUACCGGAGUGUGGGAUCAUAAAUGGGGAAAAGUAAGCUUGUUAUUUACGGCAUAAUUUUAGCUUCCACUCUCAUUAUAUUCAAACACACACAC